UUUCCCCAACCUGACAACACAUCAACCUCACAGGUACAGGUACAGGUACAGGAGAGCAAAGGUGAUAUGGGAAGGUAUGUAGUUGAAAACACCGAUGAGAAACCCUGCAUGUGUGGGGAGUGUGGAUACAGAACAGCUCAAAAGUCUGACUUAACCAAACACAUGAGAACCCACACAGGCGAAAGACCCUACAAGUGUGACCAGUGUGACUAUUCUGCAGCACAAAAAUCUACUUUGGACCAACAUCUAAGAAAACACACCGGUGAGAAACCCUACAUAUGUGGGGAGUGUGGAUACAGGACAGCUCAUAAAGUAAGCUUAUCCCGACAUAUGAGAACACAUACAGGAGAGAAACCCUACAAGUGCGAUCUGUGUGACUAUUCUGCUGCACAGAAGUCGAAUUUGGUCCAGCAUCUGUCACAACACACUGGUGAGAAACCCUACAUGUGUGGAGAGUGCGGUUUUAGGGCAACUCGGAAGUCUACACUGUUGGCACAUAUGAGAAUCCACACAGGGGAAAGACCCUACAAGUGUGACCAGUGUGACUAUUCUGCUGGACAGAAAUGUGAUUUGGACAAACAUCUAGUAAAACACACCGGUGAGAAACCCUACAUGUGUGGGGAAUGUGGGUACAGGGCAAAUUAUAAAGUAAGCCUAUCACAACAUAUGAGCAUCCACACAGGAGAAAAACCCUACAAAUGUGACCAGUGUGACUAUUCUGCUGCAGAAAAGCUUAAUUUGAUUGACCAUCAAAGAAGACACACCGGUGAGAGACCCUACAUGUGUGGGGAGUGUGGGUACAGGGCAGCUCAAAGAUCUACCUUAUCCCAACAUAUGAGGACACAUACAGGAGAGAAACCCUACAAAUGUGACCAGUGUGACUAUUCUGCUGCACGGAAAUCCACUUUGAACAAGCAUGUAAGAAGGCACACAGAUAAAAAGACCUAGCUGUGCGGAGUGUGUCAUAACAGGGCAACUCAAAUGUCUAAAUAGCAAAGCAUAUAAGAGCCCACAGAGGAGGGAAACCACAGAAGUGUCAUCAGUGUAACUACUUUGCAGCAAUGAAAUCUCACCAUUAUCUACUAUUAAUGUACUAAAAACCUUGUAGGGUUUAUGACAAAUGUUCCAGAUAGAGUGCUUGUGUAAAAUAGCUCCUAGUCAUUGACUCAUAGAGGUUGGUUUUGCAUCUGAGAUAGUUUUAGUACCUAUAUAGUAAGGCGUACUUGUUUAAUUGUGAGGAAAAAAUCGACACUUAAUGUCUUCUUUUCACUCAGUGGAAAAAUUUUUGAACUUUUUAAACAUCCGUAUAUUUCUUUGAUUUAUAAGAAAGAAUAACAUCUACAAGAAUCUCACAUUGUAUAUACUAUUUCUAUGCAUGUAUUUGGUACAUGU